UAUCUUGAUUGUACCAUGUGGGUAAUGCACACAUAUGCAUGUAGCCACAUUUAGCAUAAGGAUAGCAAUAUUACCAAUCGAACCGUGUAAACAAAUUAGCAUAUUUAGCUGGAAGUUAAACUUUGGUCAAAAUGAAGUAUUUGUUGAUGAUGGCAUGUCUUUUUAUAGUGGUGUGGAAAUCACAGCAAUCAAGUAUUGGGCGUGGAACAUAUAAGAAGCUGUACGGUUCCAAGAAUCCAAAGAAAAUGUUAAACGUUGUGUACGAAAUGUGUAUGACAUCAACACCCGCGUACAUCAGCGCUACAGCUCGACCAGUAGAUUCUUCACUGCCACACACGUUUAAAGUGACCGUCGUAGAUAUACAGCGGUACAGUGUAUUGGUGGAACUUGAACGCACAGAUCAGAAAUCGGGAUGGGAUGAAAUAUGGCUGGUUGUAGAUUGGGUCGCAUCCGAUAACGUAUUCCGAAGCUGCAACGAAUACUUUGUUCAAGGAUACACAAGCAACGGCACAUACGAAAUUUUACUUCCAAACGGGAAAGCGCUUAAUGUUUCGUGCUAUAUGGAGCCAGGCAGUGGAGGUUGGACGUUUGUACAACGUCGACAAAAUGGUUCUGUUGAUUUUUAUCAAGAUUGGGCCAACUAUACGAACGGGUUUGGGAAUCUUGAUGGGGAUUUUUGGUUAGGGCUAGAAAAUCUGCAUUUGUUAACUAGAAAUAAUAAAUCUGCUCUUCGAAUCGACAUCGCAAUGGAUUGCUACUACCAUGACUGGAUCUUCUCCCAAAACGUCCAAUACUCAUUCUUUCGCGUGGCUUCCGCUGCCGAAGCUUACAAACUAAACGUUGGUGGAUUCAACACUUCAUCCAUGUUGGGUGAUUCCCUGACCCAGAGCAACGGAUUUUCCUUUUCAACUUAUGAUAAGAUUAGUGAUCAAAUUCGUUCCUUAAAUUGCCCCCAGCCAAACCACAGUGGGUGGUGGCGACAUGGUUGUUGGUACGCCAGUAUUAACGGGGUAUACACACCUUGUCUAAUGGGAAACCAAUAUGCUGGUUGGGAUAAAUACGGGCAUUACGGUGCAAAUUAUAUGGCUAUGAUGAUCAAAGAAAGAGAAUAAGUGCGAUACCGAUCAGCAACAGAUGUGUUAAAGUACAUAUAACAGAACAAUGAACUUCAAACAAUGUGCAAUGAUACUAACAUUAGUCAUGUGAUCACUCAACUUUUAGAGAAAUACUUCUCUGUGGCGCAACUAUUAGCAUUAACAAAUUUAAAGUACCAUACACCCUUUAAUGCAUUUAUAUCUCGUAAAUACUGUAUGGUUCACCUUAAAUAUAAAAUGAUCAUGUAAAUUUCACUGAGUGUUGCAGUGUAUGUUUCGAAACUGUUGACCUGAAAAUACGUAGGACGAACAGCAA